AUGGACGGCGUGUGGUUGAUAUCCUCCCUUUUCGUCUCCCUCUGGAUUCUUCCUCGCAAUGACCCAAGGUCCUGGCGCAACUCUCGGCUCCUCCGUCCGUCCCCUUCCUUCCUGUCCAACAACGGCUCCAUCCUGAAGAAAAACUCGAUAAAGAAGAAAUCCCCGAGUUGCGCGCCCCAAAGGAGCAGCAGCUGGAUUCCUGUCCUGUGCCCCUUGCACCCUUGCUCAACCCGCCUGCUGCCGCCUUGCGGGUCCCUCACGAACCCCCCGGUCUGGUCUCGCGGAAAGCGUUACAACUUCAGAGUCACUCCCUCCCAUUUGGCCGAACAGAUCGAGGCAUGGCAAGGGUAG